AUGUCCCACGGCGGCCCUGUCACCGGAUUCCCAGCCCCAGGCCUCCCAGACCAGAACCGCUACAUCGUCGGCCACAACCCUAAAGGCCAAUCAAUCUUCCUGGCCUCCGACAAGGGCGACCAUGUCACUAUCAUGGUCGAGGGCGCCGCGGCGCAGAACAUUCCGUACAGCACGGCUUCGAACCCCGUCGACCUAACAGACGACCAGGACGUGAAGUUCGCGAUGGAAAAUAAGUACCAUGAAAUCAAAAGCCCCCUCUAA